GUCGUUUGUUUACAUGCUUUUACAUGUUUUUUUCUAAUUUUGUUGUGUCAAAGUAUUUUAAACGUUGAAAUUGAUCAGGACAAAUGGCUACUAUAAUUGACUUGGAGGAUCCCGAUCUGGUUCUGGCCCGCCAACUCCAGGAUCAGUUCGACCGAGAGCUGGUGGAGAUAAGUUCCGGCGAAGAGGAUGUUACGAAUCAAUCCGACUACCAACUGGCUGUGGCACUUCAGCAACGUUUUGAAAAUGAAGCUGUGGAGCUCUCGGAUGAUGACGAUGAUGUCAUUCUGGCUGUGGAUGUUCCGGAGGCAUCAAAUGGUAGCAGUCAUAAUAGACUAUCCCCAAAUGCUGCUGUAAAAGAAGAGAACGAAGAUUUCCUACAUGGAACGAAGUCUUUCCGUGCGCAAGAAGCGGACCUAAACGGGGACGAAUACUUCAUUGAAGAAUUACAGACAUACGUUGAUCCGGAAAACAAUUUCGAAUGGAAGUUUAUAGAACCAAUGCCUGAUAUCAAAGCAAUGUUUCAACGCUUAGAUGAGGUGGUAUUUCAAUCACGCUUCAAAUCGAAACAUUUUAACGUAAUCUGGAGUCAAGCGAUUGGAAAGCAAUGCACUAACAGAAAUUUCAACGACGCCGAAGGCACGUACACGAUCGCGUUAAAUGAGGUUCUGCUAACGCUCAGACCGAGGAUUGAAGUUAUCAGCAUUUUAUUGCACGAAAUGAUUCACGCUUAUCUCAAACUCGAAGGUGUCAAGGAAUCCGGCAAUGGACAUGGCGCGAAUUUUCGCCGAAUAAUGCUAUUCUUGAACCGUUUACUCCAAACAAAUAUUUCGUUCAGUCAUCGGCUUACCAAUAUGAACACAUUGUGCCGAACGCAAUGGUAUCGAUGUACAGGAAUUUGCCAUAACUAUAAGCCAUUCCACGGGAUCGUCCGUUCAGACGAAGGCGAGCCAGGAAUGCAGAAUGAAUGGUGGAAGGCUCAUUCCGAGAAUUGCGGCGGCACUUUCUUUAAAAUCUAUGAAAUGAGUAAAAUGAGUGAUGACGAAGUAUCAACACGCUAUGCGGUUAACGUCAAGUACAUGAAACCAAAGCGUGAAGACAUUCGUGGCAGAUAUAAAACGCGUUUGCCACCGAAGGAAUCUAUUGAUUUAACCAGCGGAACGCCAAGGAUUAUACCAGCCACGACCGAAACAGUUUCUCUAGAUGAUGAGGGAUCCUGUUCGGAGGAUACCAAAGCAGCGGAUAAGUUUAUGCAAACCUUUAACCGAUGCGUCGCUCUGACUAGAGACAACUAUGAUAUGCAAUGUCCCAUCUGUCAAGAGCGCGUGAAGAGGAAGCUGUUCGGUAACCACAUCGAUGGUUGUAGAGGGUUCAUCCAACGAGUGAAGGUAAAGCGAACAGGCGGGGCAAUUGUUCAAAAUGGAAUGGAGGAACAUCGGGCCAGCUUGCAAGAGCCGUAUACUCCCUUGAGCACAGCCGGAAGACCCCUCGGAUCGUCUUCCACUAUAGCUGAUUAUCAGCGGAUCAAAAGACAGCGAUUUUUCUGAAAAAAAUAAGGUCGACUUCAUGUUCUGGUACAGUUUCUAUUAUAUGAACUAUAUUUAUAAAACUUGUUAUAUGUUUUAAUUUUAAUAAAAAUUCCUAUCA